UUUGUGCUGGAAUGCGGCUGAAAAGGAGAGUCGGGGCCUCACCUGUCGCUGCCUGGAGCCUACAGAAGCAGGGAGGUGCUCCGAAAAAGGGACAGGAGGCGGAGUUUGCUCCAUUUUAUCUGGCUGUCCUGAAAAGUUUGCUAGAAACAGGCAUAUACCUGAGGCAGAGUCAUUCCUGCUGCACCUGCUGACAGCUUUGACUUUGCUUUAGCGCGGAUUUACUUCAACAUGACCAAGUGAUCCCACCAGAGGGUUGAUUAAAAAACAAAACAAAACCGUUUUUUUUUUCUGCCUGCGCAUUAAAUCAGUCGACGUCAACAAUGAAGAAGGGGCUGCAUUUUUUGGGUCGGAAGAACCAAUCUCUUUAUGACACCAACUUUAAAAUUCCGGACAGGGACAGUGUUCAGCUGGUCCUGGAGGAGUCAGAGUCUGCAAUCUACGAAUCUGGGACUGCCAACGUGAGGGCCAGACCCACCGUUAAGCAUCAUACUUUCUCGUUUGAAACCUUCCAAGGACUUGCUGUCCCAACUCCGAAAGUCCCUGAACUUCCCCCUGCCAAUGGCCCAAUAGUCAAUGGGACAGGUGCUGGACAACAUUCCUCCACUGGAUCUGUUGUAUCCGUGCCAGGCCACAUUGAAGAGAAGAUCUUUGUUCCUCCUCCUCCUCCUUCAGCGGCCCCUCCACCCCCUCCUGUGAAUUUCAUCCCUCCUCCACCAGACUUCAUGGGUGACCUAAACAGCCUAGAUCCUGUGGCCCUCCAGCCUCCAUCCAUGCCUGCUCCAAAACCACCAUCUAUGGUGGAGGAGGAUUUGUCCCUUUUGAAACAACCACCAAUGGCGCCUCCAAAACCUCCAUCUACCUGUUCUUCUGGAUCUGGGUCAGCAGCACCUGUCUCUGUUCCACCGCCAACCCAAGUGCCAGAACGUCCAAAAUUUGCCCCUCCGCAACCACCUACUGAAAAGCACCAGAAGAGUUAUAAGGUCCCACCUCCAAAACCUAUCAGAUCGUCUUCGGUGUCCAUUGCUGAGCCCCCAGCACAGGCUCCCCAAGUGCCCACCUCCACACUGUCCACCUUCAAUUCCCAGAACAAAGCAAAGGUGAUUGAUCCUCCAAAGCACACAGUGCUUUGGAAUGGGAAGGAUAGUCAGAAGCAAACACAGCAGCAGACGUUAGUCUUACAAGAAUCAGUGUAUGAUCCUCCAAAGCGCACAGUGCUUUGGAAUGGGAAGGAUAAUCAGUCGGCAACACAGCAGCAGGUGUUAGUCUUGCAAGAAUCAGGGUCAGCUAACUCUGCUUCUUCUGUGAUGGAGGUGGAUGGAAAAGCCCUUCAAGCUCAUCAGGUACCUAAACCAGAGCCCAAACCUGUACAACAACCCAAGGGGGCUUUAGAAAUUAAACAACCUGAAUUACCUGAAGUUCUCAAAGAACCUAAAAUAGAGGCAAAGACAGAGAUUAAAACAAAGUCUCCAACAGAGGCUAAAGCAGACACUGUUCCAGCUCAGUCAGAGAUAACUAAACCCCUCCAGCCUCCACCAUUGCAGAGAACGACUAAUGUCCAGAUCAAUUCAGAGUCCAAGAGCACACUGGAAGUAUCUCCAGGUCAAAGCCGCAGUUUCAGCCCUCUAUUGGAUCGUAAACUGGACAGCCUGAAGGCUAAUGAACCCAAACACUCUUCAGCCUCGCCGUUCGCUCUCCUGAAGGCAGCUAAGGAAAGAGAGAAAAAUAAAAACACUCAAUCUUUGUCCCGCGAAAGCAGCACCACGAGAAAUGAACCAACAAGUCCUAAUUCCUUCAUACCAAGAUCAACGUCUUCAGUUCUACCAAGUGAAAAUAGACUACAGGAGAAUGCAACUCUUAGGCCUGCAGAAACUAAAACAACAAUUCAGGCUACAGAAACACCCAUGGGUUCGACUGCACUGGCCAAAGAUCAGAAACUCUCAACUGAUCCAGUUUUGAGUAAAUUCACAUCACUUUCAUCUCCAGCUGUAAGCAACCUGACUGAGCAGAAGCAAAGAGCAGAAGAAAAGCAAUUAAAAUCUCAUGAUGUACAGAAUGAUACUCCUAAACAGGAUAUGAAUUUGCCAUUUCUGCCCCCACCACCAGAGUUUGGUGACUUUGAUCAAAUACCAGAGCAACCCCCCUCCAUUUGUCCACCAAAUCCUCCCACAAAAAAAGCACCAACACCACCUAAAGCUUCAGCUCAAGCCCCGCCUCCCGCCCCAGCUCAAGUGAAAGCUCAGACCCCAGCUCAAGCUACAGCUCAAGUGAAAGCUCAGACCCCAGCUCAAGUGAAAGCUCAGACCCCAGCUCAAGCUACAGCUCAAGUGAAAGCUCAGACCACAGCUCAAGUUCCUGCCCCAACUCCAGCUAAAGCCCCAGCCAAAGCUCAAGCUCUAGCUCCUUCACCGCCAAAACUCCCACCUUCUGACAUACAAGUCAAACCAAAGCCACAAAUCCAGACUAAAUCCAAUCCAGCCUCUACUCAAGUACCAUCCAAUCUUUCACAAAACCAGGCCACCCUCCUUAGUAUUUUACAGAAAAAGAUGUUGGUAAUGGACCAAAAAAUGGCCCCAGUUAAUGACUCGGAGCACAAUUCUGAUGACUGGAGUACUGGAUUUUCUGACGAAGACAACAAGGUGCCAGCAGUGCCACAACCUAAACAGGGGACCAAAAACCCACCUACCCCCACCAACAAAACAGCAUCUUUUAACAUGAAAGAGUUGGAAACCAAAGUUAUCAACAAAUACCAGAGUACACAAGUGAAGAGUCCCACCAAAAAUGGGAUACGUUCAAGACACCAGUAUGGGAUGACUUUCACCAUCAGGCCUGGAACUAAACAACCCAUAACUCUUGCUAGUAAAGAGGAUUCCUAAAGGUCUUUGAAUGUAGAACAAACCUACUGUACAUAAAAUAGCAUAUGCCAAAGCCCUAACACGGAUAUUUUGUGGGAUUUCUUCCUGUGUCUGCAACACCUGAUACUGCACAAACUGAGUUCUGGUGAAAAUAAAAAAAUACAUUAAAAAAAACAAAAAACCUGUCACCAAAGUCCCCUUUGAACAUGCCCACCCUGACUGUUUGUCAGAAAUCUCACCAACAAUUGAGCAGUUUUUCUACAUCUGACUGUUUUCAUUAAACAUGAUAUAUUGCUGGAAGCAAUUACCCUAGUACUGCUUCAGCCAGGCUCAGGAUUUUCUUUUACAUUUUAAUGUUGUCCAUCACCAUCUAUGGGUGCAGCAUAGGUGUUACACCUCUUUUGAUUCGAAUGAGGUGUCAGUUCAGAUUUUUUUUUUUUAGAAACAGAGGAAGAAAAUCUUAGUUUAAAAAAUAUCCAGUGUCAUGUAUCUAGGGCCUAAAUAAUAUGUGAUUUUACUUUAGCAGUAAUUUGUGCAAUUUUUCGGUGAGCUAUGAAGUUACAAGUGCUUUCUUUAUUAAUUAGGAAGUUCAUGCUGUCAAGCGUCAAGAUGAUUGUUCCAUUUUUAAAAUGCAAUGUUUUCUUUCUAAAAGUCUCAUAGUAAUAUGGAUAUUUUAAAUGUAAUGUGUUUUGUGUGUUUAAUCCUGUUUUAUUUAGAGAUGCACAAAUCAAUCUGCCAAUUUUCCUUGAUUGGCUCUGAUUGAUUGCUAAUAAAAAACAUUUUCCUGUCCCUCUUAAGUAAAAGACCAAAAACAUUGGCUUUGACACACUUUUCAAACUUAAUACACAUCAGGUAGUUUGAGAAAAUAUGAUGCGGUAUAUAUACAUGGGUAUAAUAUUGUAAAUUUGGGUGAUAAUAUUGCAAGAUCAAAGAACCUGCAGUAUGUUUUUUUGUCUUUUAUGCGUCAUGAUAAAUCAGUCCAAUAUAGACCCGACAAGUCAAAAAAAUUGGUAUCUGGCAGGAAAAGACGUGCAUCUUUUUUCAUGAAAAUUUAUAUGGGUUAUUGUCUUUAUUUAUGUAAAUUAUAUGGUUGAUAAAAAAUUCUGUUCUCUCAACUAUUGGAUGUAAAUUAUGUUGUAUAAAAUAAGUGUAUAAGCUGGAAUUACACACACUAACCAUUCUGUCCACCCUGUUACAUGUACAUAAGUCCACCAGAACAAAGCAGACUGUAAACUUAGGUAACCAGUUGCAUGUAGUUUUUAUAUUUAUUGAUUUUAGAAAUAUUGCGCUAACUAUAGUUAUUCUAUGAUUAAUUAUUGAUUUUGGUUACAUUUACACUACUACCACUGUACAUAGUAAGCUUAAAGUAGAUGUUUUUGUGUAAAUUAUAAACAUUUAUGAACAUUU